GCCACCUCCAUCCUUUGCGCAGGCCCUCACGAGCCGCAUUUAUCAUCCUGUAGUCUCCAAAUUUCAAUUUGCAGUGCCUGAGUACACCGCAUCGAGCGUGCAACGUCUCACGAGCAACCGCAAUCCACGUGUCGCGAACGCCGAGUUGCCAGCUAGCAAGCCCAGUCAUCAUGCAUCGCUGCGUCCUCGUACUGGCGCUCUCUGCCUCGCACGCAUUCGUCGCAACCACCCACAAGCAAUGCCGGCCCGCGCUCCGGUCCUCAAUUUUAUCGGACGACGUCUUCCCGAGCACCGCGACCGACGUCUUCGUUGGCAACAUGCCUUAUGGGAUGAGCGACGACUACGUCAAAGAUCUGGUGUACACGGUGCGCAAGGACGACGGCAGCCCCGUGAACCCCGAGGUGUUGCGGGUGACCGUGCCGCGCGACGAGGAGACUGGUAAAGAUAGAGGCCUGGCCUUCGUGAAGGUCCUGGACGCGACGCAAGCAGCGGACCUCUCGGCGGCUCUUGAUGGGUUUGAGUACCGGGGGCGUGUUUUAAAUUCGAACGUCAAAGAAUCACGAAAGAAGAAGUGGGUCGAGCGCCCGGCGGUCGAUCCCGCGACCCUCGACGACGGCGGCCUCUUCGAAGCUCUAGACACGCUGCCGGACAAGUUCGCCAUCCAGGAGUACGGCCUCGAGAAGAUCCGCAACGCGUGCAAGAAGGCUAGAAUAAAAGCGGGCGGCGACCUCGAGCAGUGCACGGCGCGGCUCCUGAAAAUCCAGGGAUUGAAGUCCGAGGUCUACCUCGACCCCGCCUUCGGCCUCAUCCCGACGCGGAACAACCGGCGGAACGCCCGGUGGAAUUAGUGUAAGAAUAUAUGUGAC